UCUCUCACUCGUCUCUCUCUACUCAAAAACCCGCUGAUCAUCAUCAAUGGCGCCCCCAAUUUUCCAACUGCUUCACCACGGAGUAUAAAUUCAAUUCCUCUUUCACUACUUUCCGAUUCUUCAUUUCAAUUUCGCUCUGAAAAAAUCGAGAAUGGCGAAGAAUCACGUUCCCGAUUGGCUCAACAAUUCUCUCUGGUCUUCUCGUUCGCCGCCGCCACAACAAUCGUUAACUCCUGCGAAGACUUCAAUUGACAGUGAGGAUAUGAAUCGCUCAACGAAUUCAGCUGUAAAAUCAUCGGUCAGUGCUGAGUCUUCGGUAAAUAUGCCAGUUCCAAUGCCGCCUCCUGCUGUAAUUAGAGCUGAACCUCGUCCUGUGCCGCCUCCGAGCCCUAAGGUGGAAAUUAUUGGUCCUUUAAAUAGUAGUAGUAGUAAUUGCCGUAGUGAUGGUGAAGAUGGGAGCUCAGCUAGUAGUACUGCGACAUCUGGUAUUUCUUCAACUGAGGAUAUUUCUCGCCAGGCUCAGCUUUCUCAAGAGUUGUCAAGGAAGAUUAUUAAUUUGGGGGAAGUCCGGAGGCUAGCAUCACAAGGGAUACCAGACGGACCUGGCAUUCGUGCUAUAGUAUGGAAGCUACUGUUGGGGUAUUUGCCAACUGAGAAAGCGUUAUGGCCAACAGAACUGGCUAAGAAGAGGCCUCAGUACAAGCAAUUUAAAGAGGAGCUCCUUAUGAACCCUUCAGAGAUUGCGAGGAGGUUGGAGAAGUCUGCAAGUCUUGAGAAUGAUGGAACAGGAACAGACAUUGAAGGCAAAGGUGUACUCUCAAGAUCAAAAGUAACUCAGGAAGAGCAUCCUUUGAGUCUUGGAAAAAGUAGCAUUUGGAAUCAGUUCUUCCAGGACACAGAGAUUAUUGAACAGAUUGAUCGGGAUGUAAAGCGCACCCAUCCAGACCUGCACUUUUUCUCAGGAGACACACCGUCUGCAAAAUCUAACCAGGAUGCUUUGAGGAUUAUACUCAUUAUAUUUGCCAAACUGAAUCCUGGUAUUAGAUAUGUGCAAGGCAUGAAUGAGAUCUUAGCGCCACUUUUCUAUGUAUUCAGGAAUGAUCCCAAUGAGGAAGAUCCAGCAAUGGCAGAAGCAGAUACUUUCUUCUGCUUUGUGGAGUUGUUGAGUGGAUUUCGUGAUAAUUUUUGUCAGCAACUUGAUAAUAGUGUUGUUGGUAUUCGUUCCACAAUUACAAGGCUAUCUCAACUUUUGAAAGAACAUGAUGAAGAGCUAUGGCGGCAUCUUGAAGUGACAACUAAUGUGAAUCCACAGUUUUAUGCAUUUAGGUGGAUAACUCUCCUUCUGACGCAAGAGUUCAAUUUUCCAGACAGUCUUCUUAUAUGGGACACUCUCCUAAGUGAUCCUGAAGGACCUCAGGAAACACUGCUCAGAAUCUGCUGUGCUAUGUUGAUUAUUGUCCGGAGGCGUUUACUUGCUGGUGAUUUCACUUCUAAUUUGAAGCUACUGCAAAAUUAUCCAUCUUCUAACAUCAGCCACCUUCUCUAUGUCGCCAAUAAACUACGCGUUAAAUCAGCUGGUUAAAACUUCUAUUCAGGGAGAAAACAUCUUUUCUUUGUAUUUCUCCACCGUGAAAUUAAAUGUGCUGUAAUAUUUAUGAAUGUCAAUAUCUGAUAUAGGUAAUCAGUACAUUACAU